UUCUACUAGUAUUAUUAGUAUUUUGUGCACAUAUGUCAUUCUUCUUUGCUAGAAAAGCCAGUCACUAUACUCUUUUAUAUCACCAUUCCCCUUUGUCUUCUCAAAUGGAUCCAUCAACAAGAUAUUAUCAUAGAAUUAGAGCAGCUUUUACUGUUACUCUCAUCAUUUUCCUCAUUAUUCUACCUUCUAAAUCAGAUGAAAAAGAGAUAAAGAUGUCAAGCCAAGAGAUGAAGAGCAAAAAAAUGGUAUUGGGUUCAAGGCCACCAAAGUGUGUUAACAAAUGUUUGAGUUGCAAUCCUUGCAUGACAAAACUCAUAUCUCCUCCUAGAAAUCAAAUGAAAGAGCAAACCUCUUAUGAUUAUGGGGCCAAUAAUCAUGAUAAUUAUUAUCUUCUAGCAUGGAAAUGCCAAUGUGGAAACAAAUUUUUUCAACCAUGAAUUAGGAUAUGUAAGGUUGCUUGAAAAUCGAAUCAGUCUUGUCUUAAUUGGAGCAAGUACCACUAUUUCAGGCAAAGAUCAUGAGUUUGAUUCUCACCUAAUUCUUUUCUUUCCUCGGCUUACUCAAUAGUUUAUAAAAGUUUACUUAUGAUAAAUAUUUUGCAUUAUUUUUUCUAUUGUGUUUGCCUUGGCUAUAAUGGUGAGAUUUAGUACUUAUUAAUUUUAAUAC